CUUCUUGUCUUCCCUCUUAUUCUUUUUCUUCUUGUUCUUCUUUUUCUUCUCCUCUCCGGCUAUUGCCUCCUCUUUUUCUUCCAUUCAAUGCUGCUGGAUUAAUUGUUUAUAUAUGUUUAUAAUUACAUUAUUGAUAUAACUUUAGGUUUAUAUUUUUUCAAUCUCCUUUCUUUUAAUUUUCUCUUUCAUUGUUUCUCCCUAUUUGAUUAAAUAUUAAUUUGCGUUAUUUAUUUGUUUUCCAGGAAACAUUAGGAGAUAAUCAUUGGGAUGAUGUUACCUGGUGUGAUGAUAGCGUCUUUAGAAGCCACUCAAGCGAAAGGGGAGCUCAAAUUGAACAUGAACGAAAUUGUGGACGAGUGCAAAACAUUCUUCUUCGCAGGAUAUGAAACUACAUCGACACUGUUGAUUUGGACCGUAUACUUGUUAAGCAAAUAUCAGGAAUGGCAAGAAAAACUCAGAGAAGAAGUGUUGAAGGAGUUCGGAGGCAGAAUUCCAGGUACUGAUAUGUUGGCCAAGCUAAAACUAGUGAACAUGGUUCUUUUGGAGGCCUUGAGGCUGGAUGGCCCAUUGAUAGCCAUGGAAAGAGAAGCAUUAGAAGACAUGACACUGGGGAAUUUAAGGAUUCCAAAGCAUACACAUUUAGUCAUGCCACUUGUCAUUAUGCACAGAAACAAAGAAUACUGGGGAGAAGAUGCAAGUGAAUUCAAUCCCCUGAGAUUCAUAAAUGGGAUAUCCAAAGCAGCAAAGCACCCAAAUGCUCUUAUUGCCUUCUCAAUCCGUCCAAGCCCUUGUAUAUGUUGGUGGCCAACUUUGCUUGCCUUGAUACUCCAAAGGUUUUCUUUCUCCCUUGAGUACAAACAUGCACCAGCCGACUUCCUUACCUUACAACCUCAGCACAACCUCCCUGUUGUCUUCAAACCUCUAAAUAUGUAGGAGCGUGUAGGAACAUGUAUUAAAAUUAAAGUAGUCAG